AUGUUUUGUAUAACUUCAACCAUUCGUUCUGUGCUUUGGAAUGGGGAUAAGCUUCUAGGGUUCAAGCCGAAACGUGGUCUGAGGCAGGGAGAUCCUCUUUCCCCUUACCUUUUUUUUCUUUGUAUGGAGAGGCUUAGUUCGCUUAUCUCAUCAGCGGUUCAGGAUGGCCGGUGGAAACCCGUGACAGUGAGGGGCUCUAAUUUAAAACUCUCUCAUCUUCUUUUUGCUGAUGAUCUUUUGCUUUUUAUUCGUGCUAAUGUGGAGCAAGUUACACUUGCCAAGGAUAUUCUAGCUUCCUUUUGUAAAGCUUCAGGGCUUCGGGUGAAUGAAGGUAAGUCGAGGGCCAUGGGUCAGAAGAACCUUUCUCAAGUAAUGAAGAGCAGGUUGUCUGAUCUCACUGGGAUUAGUUUCUCUUCCAAUAUUGGUAAAUAUUUGGGCUUUCCUAUAUUCAGUACAAGAGCAACUAUAAGAGACUUUCAAUUUCUGGUGGAUAGAGUGAAUUCCCGGGUGGCUUCUUGGAAGCAUCAUCUUCUUAAUAGAGCGGGCAAAACUACUCUUGCUCAAUCUGUGCUCUCUUCGAUGUCAACGUACUGCAUGCAGCAUGCUUGGAUCCCUACUGGUGUCUGUGAUGACAUUGAUGCAGCAAUCAGGAGGAAAUUGGGUGGUUUAGGAUUACGAAAGGCUAGAGAUCACGUUACUGCCCUUCUUGGUGAAAAUGUGUGGCAAGUUAUUAAUGGGGAGAGGAAGCCAUGGGCAAUUCAGAAAGCUAGAGAUGUGAUCAUAGAGGGUUUUUCUUACAAGCUGGGGAAUGGUAGUUCUUCUUUUUGGUAUGAUGAGUGGCUUGGGAAUUAUAAAAUUUGUGAUUUGGUUCCAGCAGUAGAUAUCCAUGAUUUGCAACUUGGUGUGCGAGAUGUUAUUAUUGGUGAUGCUUGGAAUUUGGACAACCUUUACACUAGUCUUCCAAGUGCUGUUUCUGAGGAAAUUGUUAAGCGUGAGAGCUUUCUUAGUGCCGAUGUGCCAGACUGCAUGGUUUGGUCCUUUGAUUCGUCUGGUGUGUAUUCUGCGUCCUCGGGGUAUCACUGGUUGAUCCAUCAAAGACGGGUUCAGGCAGCUGAUGGGCUUCUUCCUCCUCCAAACGCCGCUGGUUGGCAAUGGAUUUGGCGUCUCAAGAGACCCUACAAAAUCCUUUUCUUAAUAUGGUUGGGCUGUCACAAUGCGUUACCAGUGAAUCAUCUUCGUUUUUCCCGUCAUAUGGCAGCGUUGCCGGUGUGUUCUAGGUGCAACCUAUACCCUGAAACGGUUAUGCAUUGUCUUCGCGAUUGCUGGUUUGCGCGCAGGGUUUGGCUUCAUCUAGGGCUUUCCCCGAGACAUGACUCUUUCAGCAUGUUGGCUCUGUGUGACUGGCUCAAGCAAGUUCUUGGUGAGGCUGAGGCGACGUCGUUAGCUGCUAUUUGGGAGAUUUGGCAGCGCAGAACAUGGCGAUGUUUGAUCAAACUGUGUUGCCGGAGGACCGCCUCGUACAGAACAUUCUUGAGUUCAAGCGACUGA